UUACCCUGUCAUUUGUUCAUGGCAAUGCUUCCAGUAACAUUAUUUUUCUUGACCGUUGAUCGAAUAUGUAUUAUUAAAUUUGGAGCCAAUUAUGGAUUUAAUGUUAAACAAACAUUUAAAAUUGGAUAUUUCUCCUCUCUUAUUGUUUGUGUUUGUGUUAACACGGCAGGGUUUCUCACGGCGCUUCCUUUACCCGAAUAUACAGAAUGUGAAAUUUUUGGUUGCAUUUUGGAUUCAGCAGUUCAAUUUUAUUUGGGUUGGAGAGCAUUUUGUGCUAUUUUUAAUAUAG